AUGUGGACGCUCGGGCGCCGCGCCGCCGCGGGCCUACCGCCCCGGGCGGCGUCGCGGGGCCCCCCCCGGACCUCCUUCGGGACCCCGCGCCAACGGGAGCCCGCUGGGCCCAGCGACUGCAGAGACCUGUACGCCGGAACCGCCGCGGCCUGCACAACCCGCCAAGCCACUUUGAACCUUCACUACCUCAACCGGAUUCUGAAUGUCAAAAAGCCAAGUGUCUAUUUGAUGCAUUUAAGAAACUCUGGAACUUUGGACAACCCAAGCUCUCUAGACGAGACUGCCUACGAAAGACUAGCAGAGGAGACGCUGGACUCACUAGCUGAGUUUUUUGAAGACCUUGCAGAUAAGCCAUACACAUUGGAGGACUAUGAUGUCUCCUUUGGGAGUGGUGUGCUAACAGUGAAGCUUGGUGGAGAGCUGGGCACGUACGUGAUCAACAAGCAGACCCCCAACAAGCAAAUCUGGUUGUCUUCUCCCUCCAGUGGUCCCAAGCGCUACGACUGGACCGGGAAGAACUGGGUGUACUCCCAUGAUGGCGUGUCCCUGCACGAGCUGCUGGCCAGGGAGCUGACUGAAGCCUUAAACACCAAACUGGACUUGUCCUCCUUGGCCUAUUCCGGAAAAAGCGCUUGACGGCCCACCCAACUUCAAAGACAUUAAAAGCUGUCAGGCCAAGACCCCAGCUUCCGUCCGCAGCUGAGCGUCUGUUUUUUUCCAUUCCUGCUCUUGAGGACUGUGUAUUGUGUAUGACAGCUCUGUAAAAAGAAUGUGUCACCUUCCA